GCAGUUAACAGUCAUAACCUGGAGGUGUCGCAGGUGCACAUCAGUAAAACGCAGAGCUUUCCUCUUGUUAUGUUAUUUAAUCACUUGUCUCGCUGUUUAACAGAAUCGGGGUGUGCAGCAUAACAAGAGAGUAACACAACAUGAGGACAACAUACAUUUUGGAUAGAAAUGAGCGUGAAUGAGUUCAGAGUGGAAGUGAAAAACACCCGGUCUGGCAACUAGAAAACAUUCCGGAAUGAAGGAGGGGUCAACGGACCAGAGUUGAGCACCGCCCCGGGUUGAGUGGGUGAACUUUGUCACAAAUUUCACUUGCACAACAUUCAUCACCUCCAACUGUCAGUGAUACAUGCAUCCCGAGUAGUGCGCUCUGCAAAAUGUACAUCUGGUUCACUGUUUUAGCCGGACUGGCAAUUCUGUCCCUCUCUUUCCUCAGGACACUUUUCCCUUACUUUGGCGAGGACUGCGUGUACAUGCUGCGGAGCAUUACACUCGGCAUCAGGCUCGCCAAGUACACAAAAGUCAAGCCUUUUUACAGCGUCUUGGACUGUUUCUUGGAUGCAGUGAAGAGGCAUCCCAAAAAGAUCUUUCUGCACUUUGAAGGGCGAGAAUAUACUUAUGAAGAAGUGGAUAAACAGAGCAACAAGGUGGCCCGAGCUCUGCAGGCUGAAGCCCGACUGAAGGAGGGGGACGUGGUCGCCUUGUUUCUUGCCAACGAGCCUUGUUUCGUGUGGAUUUGGCUCGGUUUAACCAAGCUGGGCUGUCCUGCUGCUUUGCUCAACUUCAACAUCAGAUCCAAGUCUCUGUUGCACUGUUUUUCCUGCUGCGGGGCCAAAGUGAUCAUCGCAUCUGAAGAGCUGCAGUGCGCUGUGGAGGAGGUUUUACCUACGCUGAGAGAGCAAGGCACCAGUGUGUACCUCCUGUCAGAGGCCUGCAACAUUGAGGGCAUCAACUCUUUGUCUGACAAGAUCUCCCCGGCCUCAGAUCUGCCGCUGUCCCGGGACCUCAGAGCCAACGUCAACAUCAAGAGCACUGCUCUGUACAUCUACACGUCGGGCACCACAGGUUUGCCUAAAGCAGCCGUUGUCACCCAUGAGAGGGUUUGGGCCGCCUCCUUCCUCCAGGCAGCAUGUGGAGUCACAUCAGAGGACAUCUUCUACAUCAAUCUGCCGCUCUAUCACAGUGCAGGCUUCCUCAUCGGGAUGGUCGGAGGCAUCGAGAGAGGUAUGACCAUUGUUCUGAAGAGAAAGUUCUCUGCCUCUCAGUUCUGGGGCGACUGCAGGAAGUAUAAUGUGACAGUGAUGCAGUACAUUGGUGAAACAAUGCGCUAUCUCUGCAACACGCCUCAGAAAGACGAUGAGAGGAACCACAAAGUGAAAAUGGCCAUCGGCAACGGAGUCCGAUCUGACAUUUGGUCAGAGUUUCUGAAUCGCUUCGGGGACAUUAAAGUCAGAGAGUUGUAUGCUGCCACAGAGGGAAACAUCGGCUUCAUCAAUUACACGUCCAAGAUCGGUGCAGUGGGGCGGGUCAAUUUUGUCCACAGAUUUUUCUUCCCGUACACUUUGAUCAAGUUUGACAUUGAGAAGGAGGAGCCUGUGAGGAACUCUGAGGGUCUGUGCAUCGAGGCAGCCACAGGUGAGACGGGGCUUAUGUUGGGAAAGGUUACUCAGAGGUCUCCUUUUGUUGGAUACGCUGGCAACCUGCAACAGACUGAGAAGAAGAGGCUUCGUGACGUGAUGAAAAAAGGCGACCUGUACUUCAACACUGGAGAUUUGCUUCGGUUUGAUGAAAUGAACUUUGUGUACUUUCUGGAUCGAGUUGGUGACACUUUCAGAUGGAAAGGAGAAAACGUUGCCACAUCAGAGGUCGCAGAUAUUCUCUCCAUGUCUAAUAGUGUUUUGGAGGCAAACGUCUACGGUGUUAAAGUUGAAGGUCACGAGGGGCGGAUCGGCAUGGCAGCGGUCACUCUGAAAGAAGGAGAAGAUUUUGACUGUUCGCACACCUUCAAGCAGGUCGUCAACUACCUCCCAGCGUACGCAAGACCUCGCUUCAUCAGGAUUCAGCCCUGCCUGGAGAUGACGGGGACAUUCAAGAUGAAGAAAGUGAAGUUGGUGGAGGAGGGAUUCAACCCGGCUCACAUCGAAGAUUCUUUAUACUUUUUAGAUCCUGAGCAGAAGUCGUACGUCCCCCUGACACAGGACAUCUACACAGCAAUCAGUCGUAGGGAAAUCAAACUUUAACGCAGUCACGGUUGACCCAGGCGACCUGUUAGAUGUAACAUUUUAUUCGUGGUCCUUUUUUAACAGUCAACUAAUCUCAGGGACAGACCGACUUUUAACCUUUUUAAAUUUACUAACAAACCUUUUGAAUUCAUCAAUUUGACCUGUUAUUUAAACCUCAAGAAGUUAGGUACCGAUUACUAGCAUUUUCUGGUCUCGUUGAUUUCAUGAAUACUUUUAUUAACACAACUACUCUGUAUGUCUACAGACUUUGUAAAUGUAUUUCAUAAUGCUGACAGUGUGUGAUAUACAGGUAUGUCUUACUGCCACUGUUGAACAUUUAAUAAUUAAACUCUGUAUGUAUUA